AGGCGAAAACCAGUAGCUCUCUAUCAGGGCAAAGGAGAUACCAAACCUUAAGCCACCAUGUCCGAGACACCAAUUGAUCUCCUUCCCAAUCAAUCCCCGGAUGCUGUUCAUUGCAGAUCGUGAUGCCAGCGUUCGUUCCUGCCACGCCGCAGCAGACCAGUUGGGCAGUCUGGCUAGCUGCGAUCGUGUGUGCCGUCCUAGCAAUAGCCGUGAUCAUCGCCGGCAUCGUCGUGUUCGCCAUCUACAUUAUCUACCAGCCCAAGAUGCCAUACAUCAAGGUCGCCUACGCACAGCUCAGCAAGCUCGUCUACGACCAAUCGGGGCUUCUCGAGAUCGAGAUGGUCCUGAAUCUGGUGGCAGAGAACGACAACAAAAAGGCCCACGCCAGCUUCUCCGACCUGAGCUUCCUCCUCCAGUUCCAUAGGAUCGACGUCGCGGCGCUGCGGGCCGACCCGUUCGACGUCGCCAAGAACAGCUCGUUGGAGCUCGAUUACCACUUCCCUUCGUCGCCGAUCCCGCUGGACCAGGCGGCCAUGGAGACCAUGGACGUGGCGCUGAAGCGGGGCGUCGUGUCGUUCGACCUCAGCGGGCAUGCUAGGACACGGUGGAGGGUGGGGAUCUUUCUCUCCGUCAAGUUCCGGACGUCCCUCUCGUGCGAGCUCCGGUUCUUCUGGCAGAACGGGAGCGCCGUCGACUUGGACUGCAGCUCGAAAUCCCCCUGACCCCCCAUCGAGUACAUGGCGAAAUCUGACCAAAAAUAGUUCUUUUCUUUCUCUUUACUCGACAUUCAGAUCACACUUCCUUUAGAUUUCUGAAUCUGUAUGGUCUUAGAUGCAUCCGGGUCUUGUUCGCCGAUAAUUCCAUUCAUCGAGAGAGAUUAGAAGUUUGAUGGCGACAACGAAGAGGAAUACCUCGUCGUCUUCCCGAAAUGGGCGCCCGUUGCCCCCUCCAAAGCGGCUCGAUGACUCCAACCUGUCUUCGACGCUAAGAAAACGAUAAAAAUAAGUGCUUUUGGAGACUUACGAGACUGAUCUGAGAAAGACUCUUUCUUUUUCUCGCGUCUUUACUUCAUCCGAUCGGCUUCCUUCUCUUGUCAGGAACAGCGCGGUGUUCGAAGCCUUUGUUCCCUGUAUCUGCCUUCCACCGCAAGCACGUCGCUUUCUUUCGCGGACGGCGACAGCUCACGUCCCCAAAAAGAAAAAGCGACAGACAGAGAGAGUGUCGCAAACCACGUUUCCUUCGGCCGGACGAAGAACGGAGCAGAAAACGCGAGAAAGAACCAGCGUUUCCACUCGAUCAACUGCGAAAUCCCGCAGAGGAACAAAAGGAUCAAAUCCUUCCACUCCCUCGACGUCUUCCAUCCCCUGCUAUAAGAGGGGGGGGGACAGACGGGGAUG